GCAGGCUUGCUGGCCGGGAGCGCUCUGUUGUCGCUUGCUCUGCUGCGGUUGUCGCGGUUCUCUGUGUCCGUCGUCGUCGCUGCUGCCGUCGCCGCCACCGUAGACUCUCAAGUAUAUAGGCACGAGCAGUGGUAGUUUACAAAUAAAAUGGCCGAUACGCCGUGGAGGCCUUGCGCGCGCGGAGCUUAGUGCUUCGGGUAAAUGGAAAAAUGUGCGCGCCUCGUCGUCGACAAAGGUAGGCCAGCAAAGUAGCCACCUUGAGCUGCACAUCCGCCGCCAGCGUCACCGCGGUAGCAGCCACAUCUGUGCACGCGCGCGCGCUCGCUCGCGCACGCACGCACGAACGCACGCACGCACGCACAUCCUAACAAGCAGCAGUCAAAGAAGAGAGCAGUAGCUCCGUUUUGUGUCGUCGCCAGCAGCGCGAGAGUGAGUUUUAGCCGCCACCUUUGCUUGUGUGUGCGCGAUUCUUACUGCGCACGCACACCCAGAGACGACGCGAAUCAGAGAGAGAAAGUGAUAAUAGCGCCGGCAGUGAGUUAAAGAGAGAGAGAGAAAGAGAGAGAGAGAGAGAGAGAGAGAGAGAGAGAGAAAAUUUCAGUGCGACCGAGGCCAAAAGUCUGGGCGAAGAAGCGGAGAAAUGGGUGCUUCUAAGUGACGGAUUUUCCACGGGGAAGAAGCCGAAAGUUGCACGCUUUAUUAAGCUGUGUCAGCUUGAACACGAGAGAGCAGUCGAUCAGCGGGUUUCCCCCUCCCGCUGGCCGUUCGCGACACGACGUACAUACAUACACGGAGCCACGCACUUGUGCGCACCGUCGACAGCCCACACACACCUCUUUCUCUCUCUUUUGCUCUCACACACGCUCUCGCACACGCUUGCUCGCUCCUCGUGUUUCCUCUUUUCACUUUCGUUGUGUACAUACCGCCGACAAUCAAGAGACUUGCAACGAGCAAGCGAGACAGACGGACGGAUACGGUCUAGUGUUGUUCUUUAAGGUUACCGCCGUGAGCGCGGGACGCCGAGGAGGUCUCGAGCGUCUCUCCCUCGAUAGAGGUUCCACUCUGGAGGGCCGCUGCAGGUGGCUUUUUUUCUUUUUGUCGUGAACGCCUAGUUCCGUUUGUACAGAGGACAUCGGAGGUGUGCGAGGGACAGAUAUGAUCCUCGCCGUCGACGAGCCAGAAUUUUGGGAUACUGGAGCGUGACACAUAUCUUGCUCUGGAGCCGUUAAAGAUAUUCCCCGCUGACCAGUUCGUCAUUGUGGAGCAGGUGGUUGGCCCCGAAGAUGUGUUGACUACGGACAGUGAAGAGCCCACCGUUACGACGGCGAGUAGUCAACAGGCCAACGCCUCGAUCACCACUUUGACGAACAUGUGUACUACUCCCGGCAACACCGGCGCCGGGUUUGGAUACGCAUGGUCAUUUAGCGGACCCGGCAGUGAGAGCCGGGAAGCAACUCAAGCCGACAUCGCCGGUACCAUCAACUAUGCAGCGGUCAACAACAAUCAAGAUCAGCCAGCCGCUACCAGCCCGAAGAUACAAAUCGACGUGAAGCCAAAAGUACAGAACAGCACACACCGGAGAACUAUGUUCGCAGCAAUAGACACCUGCCAGCAAACACCCACCACCACCCACCAUGGGCACACUACAGCUGCAAAUCAGAACCAGACCUCUCAUGUAGCCCAUGUCAGGAGCAAGAAACAUCAUGCUGCUGAUGUUUUCACCCUUACCUGCGACAAGGGACAUGGAUGCAAUUGCGAUGCCCAUCAUCCUACCACCACUCCAUCUCUUUUCCCCAACACUCUGGUCUUCACCACUGAUAAACAUACUGUCAGCAAACAUUUUAUGACUCCCAUAGGUCCACUACAACUUACAGCCGAAGAGUACAACGAAAUCAUACUGAAAAGAGCAGCCGCAGCUAGUAGCCAAGCAAAUUCCAACAGCGUUGCCUCUAGCCAGGCUGAUACCCACCUUGACCAUGUAUUCACCCAUGUAAAUACAGUACAGAUUGAUUCCAAACCCAAGGCCCAGGACAUGGGCUCACAGGUUCGUGUACCCAAGGAAAGACCCUAUACUUGCUCUGAGUGUGGCAAAUCUUUCCUACUGAAACAUCAUCUGACGACCCAUGCGCGAGUCCACACUGGCGAAAGGCCUCACAUAUGCAUACACUGUGGCAAGAGUUUUGCACACAAACAUUGUCUGCAUACUCACCUACUGCUCCAUAGCGCCGAGAGGCCCUUUCAGUGUCGGGAGUGUAAAAAGUCCUUCACCCUCAAGCAUCAUUUGGUCACUCACACGCGAGUACACACCAGAGAACGACCGUUCGUCUGUCCCGAAUGCGGAAAAGCCUUUCCUUUAAAGCGUCACCUGGUGACGCAUAGCAAAUUCCAUACUGGUGAGCGGCCCUUUGUCUGUGAAGAAUGUGGGGAGUCAUUUGCCCAAAAGGAACAUCUCACUAUGCACUCGCGCUUCCAUGGUAGCCUACAUCCAUUCGUUUGCCCAGACUGUGGCAUGAGCUUCCAGAGAAAGUUUGAACUGGUCAAUCAUGGUCGUUUACAUGGUAGGAUACCACAUUCUUGUACAGUCUGUGGGAAAGAAUUCCUACAGAAGAGAACUCUACUUGCACACAUGAGGUUACACACUGGAGAAACUCCUUUUGCAUGUACUGUAUGCGGAGAAGCUUUUCCCAGGAAAUCUGAUUUAAUAACUCACUCCAAGAUACAUAAUAGCAGUAGUGCGGAUACAGACUCAAAACUGUACAGGUGUCAAGAAUGCGGACUAGAAUUUAACAACAAGGAAGCUCAUACUUUGCAUAUGAGGUUACAUUCUGCAGAUAGGACUCUUGUCACUGAUCUCUGUGGUCUGGCUGCAACAUUUCAACAAACAACUGGGCAUUUCCUCACAGCCAACACUUCUGCUGCGCAUCAGGUAAUUAUGAAUGGACCUCUGACAACGACGGUGAGCCAUAUGCAUGGCGCAACGCAGACUUCACCACCAGUAGGAACCGGUCCAAAGCCUAAACCUCACAUCUGUCCGGACUGCGGUCGAGGAUUCGCUCAAAAGCACGGUCUAUCGCAACAUCAACGUCGCCACUCAGAUGGUAGUUGCCAUAUCAGGUCGCACGUGUGCGACAAGUGCGGCAAAGCCUUCUUCCAGAAGAAUCACCUGCUGCUGCAUCAACGUCAACACAUGGACCCGCCACCAAGUAUAUUACGCCAGCAACAAAGACAAGCAGCUCAAGCUGCAGCUCAAGCUGCCACUCAAGUGAUAACUGUUGAGAACUGCAACAUGGACAGUAAAACCAUUACUCUACAAGCCAUUCAACAAGUACAACAACAGCAGGCAGCUGCUGCACAGGCAGCAGCUCAACAGCAACAACAACAAGCUGCUCAACAAGCAGCAGCUCAGCAGCAGCAAGCUGCUCAACAACAGCAGGCGCAACAGCAGGCUCAAGCUCAACAGGUUGCGCAACAAGCUCAACAACAAGCUCAACAACAAGCGCAAGCUCAACAGCAAGCAGCGCAGCAGCAGCAGCAACAACAGCAACAACAGCAAGCGCAGCAACAACAGCAGCAGCAACAAGCGCAACAACAGCAGCAGCAGGCAAUUACCGUGGAUGCUAAAGCAAUACAGUUGAACGUCACCAUGUGAGAUAAUUUACCGAUAAUAAGAAAGGAUAACGAUUGUUGGCCAGUUGUUGGCACUCGGUCACAUGCACCCGCUGCCACCACAGAAAACCCUCUGCACGCAAUUCUCUUGUACUAACAAUAAUGCAAUAGAUAUAUUUAUUAUCAUUAGAUUCUUCUCGAAUAUCGAAAAACAAAAUAGCAUAAAUGAAAGAAAAGAUAACCAACUUUUAUUAUUGACAAGAGUAUAUAUAUAGAUAUAGAUGUCUAUAUAUACAUAUAUAGAUAUAGAUAUCUAUAUAUACAUAUAUAGAUAUAGAUAUAAAUAUCAACAAGCAGACAAAGCAAAAUAAAACAACAAAAUCUUAUACAUAUUUAAGACAUGUGUUGGAGUUUCUAGACUGGAGGCUUAUCCUCAGACUGGAUUAAAUUUCGAACACACAAAUGACGCUUAUCCUCGAUGACCAAAAAAAAGGACGGAGGAAAAUGAGAAUUACGCAAAGGUGCAUUUCAAUAUUCAAUACGAUUAUUCAACAUAUUAUUAUUUCGAUUUGGAAAUUAAUCGAGUUAAAGAAUACAACCUUAGUCUAGAAACAUUUCAAGGCUUGUAACAAGAAAAAAAAUAAAAGUAACCAUGUAUUAGUGUUUUACAUAUACUUUAUAUAUACUACAUAAAAAUAUUUACUUUAGAUACGUAUAAAAGAGUGGACGAUAAAAAAAAAUGAUAUGAGUGUCGAGUAUAAUUAUCACGCGCUGCUACUGCUCUGCUAUGCCAAUUUUUCAGAUUCGUUAGAGAUGCCUUGUAAAAAUUAUACCAUAAACUUUAAAUUAAUCUUAUGGGCUUGUUGCAGCUUUAAUAACUUUUGUAUCAAAUUGUUAACUUUUUUUGUACGUUACAAUUUAAAUUAUUUACAUCAAACAUAAAUUAUAAUUGAUUUAUAUACAACAAAAUUAUAACAAUACACGGUGGCACCGUGUGUUGUAUUUUCUAUCGUACGCUCAUAAUGAUACUGAGAGAGAGAGAGAAAGAGAAAAAGAGAGAGACAGAGAAAGAGAGAGAGAGAGAGAGACAGAGAAAGAGAGAGAGAGAGACAGAGAAAGAGAGAGAGAGAGAGAGAGGGAAAGAGAAAAAGAGAGAGAGAGAGAGAGAGAAAAAGAGAGAGAGCAUUAUAAGGAGAAGAGGUGGCGGACGGUGUGCAUUCAUGAGGCAUA